AUGGCGGCGUGCGUGGGGAGCCGGACCCUGAGCAAGGACGACGUGAACUACCGGCUGCACUUCCGCAUGAUCAACGAGCAGCAGGUGGAGGACAUCACGCUGGAGUUCUUCUACCGGCCGCACACCAUCACCCUGCUCAGCUUCACCAUCCUCAGCCUCAUGGCCUUCGCCUUCACGAGGGAUGAUUCUGUCCCAGAGGAUAAUAUUUGGAGGGGUAUUCUCUCUGUGAUUUUCUUCUUUUUAAUCAUCAGUGUUCUAGCUUUUCCCAAUGGACCUUUUACUCGCCCGCACCCUGCAUUAUGGAGAAUGGUUUUUGGUCUCAGUGUGCUCUAUUUUCUCUUCCUGGUGUUUGUGCUCUUCCUUAACUUUGAGCAAGUAAAAGCAGUAAUGUACUGGCUGGACCCUAAUCUCCGAUAUGCCACAAGGGAAGCAGAUAUUAUGGAAUAUGCUGUGAACUGCCAUGUUAUCACCUGGGAGAGAAUCCUCAGCCACUUCGAUAUUUUUGCUUUUGGGCAUUUCUGGGGCUGGGCCAUGAAGGCCUUGCUGAUUCGCAGCUAUGGGUUGUGCUGGACUAUUAGYAUCACCUGGGAGCUCACUGAGCUCUUCUUCAUGCAUCUCCUGCCUAAUUUUGCGGAAUGCUGGUGGGAUCAAGUCAUUUUGGACAUCCUGCUUUGCAACGGGGGUGGCAUCUGGUUGGGCAUGGUAGUUUGUCGUUUCUUGGAGAUGAGGACCUAUCACUGGGCGAGCUUCAAGGACAUUCACACGACCACAGGGAAAAUCAAGCGAGCUGUGUUGCAGUUCACCCCAGCCAGCUGGACCUACGUUCGCUGGUUUGACCCCAAGUCUUCAUUUCAAAGAGUGGCUGGAGUCUACCUUUUCAUGAUCAUCUGGCAGCUGACUGAGUUAAACACCUUCUUUUUGAAACAUAUCUUUGUAUUCCAAGCAAGCCACCCUUUAAGCUGGGGGAGAAUUCUCUUUAUAGGAAUUAUCACAGCACCCACUGUAAGGCAGUACUACGCCUACCUCACAGAUACCCAGUGCAAGAGGGUGGGAACUCAGUGCUGGGUGUUUGGGGUUAUUGCCUUCCUUGAAGCCAUUGUGUGCAUAAAGUUUGGACAAGAUCUUUUUUCCAAAACACAAAUACUCUAUGUUGUGUUUUGGCUUCUUUGUGUGGCCUUUACAACUUUCCUGUGUUUAUAUGGCAUGGUUUGGUAUGCGGAAUACUAUGGCCACCGAGAAAAGACCUUGUCAGAAAGUGAAGACAGCCCGUACAGUCCAGACGCUUCCUGGCUUCAUUCUAAAUUCAGUAAAGCAGGUGCUGACAAUAGCCCACCAAAAGCUGCAGCCAAUAACGAAAGCCAUUCGUCUAGAAGAAGGAACCGUCACUCCAAAUCAAAAGUAACCAAUGGAAUUGGGAAGAAAUAAGAAUAAUCUCGGAAGAUGUCCUGCAGUGUGACCAGAGAUGACAGAGGAAAUUGGACCUGACUCUGAGUUUCUGAGUGGGAGAUUGAUUUUAAAUUUAAAAUUUAGAAAAAGAGCUGUGGAAGAAAGCAACCAGCUUUUUAGCAACGCACAGGGCCUCGUGUCUUUGGAGACGGAGCCACCAAUGUAUUGCAAAUCACUGCCUGCUGUCAUGUGCCAUUCACUGAAUUAAAUCUAAUUUCUUCAGCAUGUGGCACCUAAAGCUACUGAAGAAUAUGCUGGAAAGAAAAAUAGUUUUGUUAGAGCAGGUGCACUCUGUUUUAUGUCCAGGUUUUGCAAGUGAGGUUUUAAUAUCUUAGCUGAGGACAUCAACACGAAGGUUAGUAAGCUGAUAAGCAGCUGGCAUGGUUGGUUGGAUUUUUUUAUGUUGCUGCAGUUUUGUUUAGUUGUUAUCUAGAAAAGUACACAAUCUUUUGAGUAAAAGCACCUCUGCCCUUCUUUAUCAGUCUGACAACUAAACUUUUCCAUUCAACAGUUAGUCCAUAAAAAUUCCAUGCUUGUAUCCAGCUGCUCACUUCUAUUGAAAUGCUCUUUCAACCUGGUGACAAGGUUUUACCAGCUAUGAAAUGGGUCCAUAUUUCUUUCAAAGGAUGCUGUUUGCCCUUCAUAUAGGAUUCUUCUUCCCUUCUGCUGGAUUGUUAAAUAUUCAGUUCUUUUAAGUUUUUUUUUUUAAUAUCUUUAUGAAAAUCUGUUGGAAAGUAGAGAGCUGCACCUCCUGCCCUCAGGGACAGAUGUUGUGUCAUUUAGUGGGUCUUCUUUUUGUACAGAGGCAUGGAUUGCAUCUUGAAGUGCACGUUACCACGUGUGUCCUUCUAUCAGCUACACUGCAUUUUGUACAAGRGUCCUCUCCACUUUCCUUUGAUUUGCCUCUGCCUCAGCUGUAACCAAGAAAUCCCAAGGCCUUUGAUUUUUAGAAACUGCUUUGAAGGCUCUGAUGCCCUCUUAAGCCUGAUGAGGAGCAGUUUUUCACUGAAUUUAAGUUUCCUACAACUCAUAUAAACAAAUCUGUGCAGACUUGUGCUCUUCAGUGUCUGAAAGAUAGCUUGAUACUACUGCCAUAUCCCAUGUGAUUUCAGUAUUUCCUAACAUGCAAUCAGGUAACUGACAGUGAAGUGACUCCCUUGUGUAGUUUUUUCUGGAGACAGUGCUAAUUAGCACUAAAGUGGCUAAUUGUCCAGCAGUGAAUGUAGUGAUUAAGCCAGAGGUAAAUGUGCAAGAGCAAUCAGUUUUUAUAUUAAGUUAUCAAAAUCCUUUUGUGCCAACUAGAUUUUGGGGAUUCAUGGGGUUCAGAGAGGUGGGUAGAUUAAGCAUGGAUAAAUGAUAUCCAUUAGUCAAUUGUUUUCAGAAUAAACUGGCAUUUCCUUUUUCUAUGAAUAAUGUUACUGUGAUUUGCCAUAGAGUAUAUACUAAAAAUAAUGCAGCAGAGACUUUAUACAAGUGUAUAAUACUGUAAAUAGAAAAAACGGAGCCCAYGUAAUCCAUAAAAUUUGUAUGUGCCAGGAUUAUCAACAUUUUCAAUGCACUUACUGUAUUGCUACUGAACUAUGUUUCCCAUCUCCCUUUUCAGUCGAACCCAAUGUGUACAACGUCAGAACUAACUUAUAGCUGCUAUAGCAUCGUUGCUAAAGUGACAUUAAAUGUUACAUGAGAAAAAUGAUAGGAACAUUUUCACUUUCCUACAAGUACUCUGCUUUCAUCCACAUUAGCAAUCCCUUUGUAUUGUCCCCAUUUGUGGUGUGCUGUGUAUUGACGAAUGUAUUUGUAGCUUUCUUUGGAUAUGCAGCCUUGUUAAUUUUUUAAUUGUCUUGGUUAAUACUUCAGUCUGUGUAAGACUGAAGAACGACAUUGUAAAUUUUCUAUUGACUCAAUACCAAAGCAAGAGGUUGGAAGUUCAAAGAUAUUUUAAGGAUAUUUUAAGUACCUUUUUUUUGAAAAAAAGGUGAGAGCCUGUUUUGUACUGCAGAGUAUAUAUGCACCAGUUGUGUAUACAGCACAUACCUGUGCAAGCAGGUGCUGAAGUGCGGUGUCUCUUUGCAAGCACACGUUUUGUGAAUGCAGAACUAGUGCUCACACUGCUGCAUCGCACCCGAAGAAUAUUAAAAAGGCAAAUAUGAAGUGUCAGCUUGCUGGAAGUUGACUCCUGUGUGCUACCACAACAGCAGAGGCCUUGAAGAAAUGUUGUUUGACAACACUUUUCCCAUGCUGUUUUAUUUUGUACUUUUAUUUUACUACUUUUAAAGGAGGGGAGGGAGCUGGGGAGAGGGAAAACCAAGUAAAUUUCUCAAGUGCUUCUUGGAAAAUGGUACUUUGUGUCCUCUGUCAGCAGUUCUGGUUGGAAUUCACAUGUGUUCACACAAGUCCUCUGCUCACUGACAGCUGCGGUUUCUGUCCCAUCUUUGGAAGUGAACUUUGCAGAAGCAAACGGGGGAAAGGUGCUCUUGAUCACUGCUGUGAAUCUCAAGUGAUCCCAAUUUUAUCGUCUCCUGCACUAUUGCUGAAUUUUGUGUGUGUGCAACACCUAAAAUGACAAAUCACAGAGCUGUUUAGCAACUAGCACCCAUGUAUGAAGUCUGCUGCUUGAACAGUAUUUUGUAGUAGUCAAGGAUGCACUGUCCUCUUUUUAACUGCUUGUUCUGUCUCGUUCUCUUCUCCUUACUUUCCUGCUUCUGAUGUCUUUUCUGUGACUCUGUCCUCUCG